CGACCGCGGCGAUGCGCGGUCCCUGGCCCCGGGAGGCGGCCACCCUGGGGCCGUCGGGAUGGAGGUGAGAAGACGGCCGUGACGCGCGCCCGCGCGGCCCCCUGCACCCCCAGCAGCCCACAGCGCUCCCUGCCCCCCUCCCCCGCGGCGGCUGGCCUUGCCCUCCAGUGACAGCGGCCUGGGGGGGCAGGGGGGGCGGGGGCGGCCGGACCAGCGAUGCCGGCGGGCAUGACGAAGCAUGGCUCCCGCUCCACCAGCUCGCUGCCACCCGAGCCCAUGGAGAUCGUGCGCAGCAAGGCGUGCUCGAGGCGCGUCCGCCUCAACGUCGGUGGGCUGGCACACGAGGUGCUCUGGCGCACCCUGGACCGCCUGCCCCGCACGAGGCUGGGCAAGCUGCGCGACUGCAACACGCACGACUCGCUGCUGGAGGUGUGCGAUGACUACAGCCUCGACGACAAUGAGUACUUCUUCGACCGUCACCCGGGCGCCUUCACCUCCAUCCUCAACUUCUACCGCACCGGACGGCUGCACAUGAUGGAGGAGAUGUGCGCGCUCAGCUUCAGCCAAGAGCUCGACUACUGGGGCAUCGACGAAAUCUACCUGGAGUCCUGCUGCCAGGCCCGCUACCACCAGAAGAAGGAACAGAUGAAUGAGGAGCUCAAGCGUGAGGCAGAAACCCUACGGGAGCGGGAGGGUGAGGAGUUCGAUAACACGUGCUGCGCGGAGAAGAGAAAAAAGCUCUGGGACUUACUGGAGAAGCCCAAUUCCUCUGUGGCCGCCAAGAUCCUUGCCAUAAUUUCCAUCAUGUUCAUCGUCCUCUCCACCAUUGCCCUGUCUCUCAACACACUGCCCGAGCUGCAGAGCCUUGAUGAGUUUGGCCAGACCACAGACAACCCCCAGCUGGCCCACGUGGAGGCCGUGUGCAUUGCGUGGUUCACCAUGGAGUACCUGCUGCGGUUCCUCUCCUCCCCCAAAAAGUGGAAGUUCUUCAAGGGCCCGCUCAACGCCAUUGACUUGUUGGCCAUCCUGCCAUAUUAUGUCACCAUCUUCCUCACUGAAUCUAACAAGAGCGUGCUGCAGUUCCAGAAUGUCCGCCGCGUGGUCCAGAUCUUCCGCAUCAUGCGUAUUCUCCGCAUUCUUAAGCUCGCACGUCACUCCACUGGCCUCCAGUCCUUGGGCUUCACUCUGCGGAGGAGCUACAACGAGCUGGGCUUGCUCAUCCUCUUCCUUGCCAUGGGCAUCAUGAUCUUCUCCAGCCUUGUCUUCUUUGCCGAGAAGGAUGAGGAUGACACCAAGUUCAAAAGCAUCCCAGCCUCUUUCUGGUGGGCCACCAUCACCAUGACGACCGUUGGGUAUGGAGACAUCUACCCCAAGACUCUCCUGGGGAAAAUUGUGGGGGGUCUUUGCUGCAUUGCAGGGGUCCUGGUGAUUGCUCUUCCCAUCCCCAUCAUUGUCAAUAACUUCUCUGAGUUCUACAAGGAGCAGAAGAGGCAAGAGAAAGCAAUCAAGCGGAGAGAGGCUCUGGAGAGAGCCAAGAGAAAUGGCAGCAUCAUAUCCAUGAACAUGAAGGAUGCAUUCCCCCGGAGCAUCGAGAUGAUGGACAUUGUGGUUGAGAAGAGUGGAGAGAAUGUGGGUCAGAAAGACAAAGUAGUGCAAGAUAAUCACUUGUCUCCCAACAAAUGGAAAUGGACAAAGAGGACACUGUCCGAAACCAGCUCAAGUAAGUCCUUUGAAACCAAGGAGCAGGGAUCCCCUGAGAAGGCCAGAUCGUCUUCUAGUCCUCAGCACCUGAACGUCCAGCAGUUGGAAGACAUGUACAAUAAGAUGGCCAAGACACAAUCUCAACCCAUCCUCAAUACUAAGGAGUCAGCAACACAGAGCAAACCAAAGGAAGAACUUGAAAUGGAGAGUAUCCCCAGCCCCGUAGCCCCUCUGCCCACUCGUACAGAAGGGGUCAUUGACAUGCGAAGCAUGUCGAGCAUUGAUAGCUUCAUUAGCUGUGCCACAGACUUCCCUGAAGCCACCAGAUUCUCCCACAGCCCUUUGGCAUCACUCCCCAGCAAAACUGGAGGUGGCAUGGCCCCAGAGGUUGGCUGGCAGGGAGCUCUGGGUGCCACUGGUAGUAGGUUUGUGGAGGCCAACCCCACCCCUGAUGCCAGCCAUCCCUCUGCUUUCUUCAUUGAGAGCCCCAAGAGUUCCAUGAAGACCACCAACCCCUUGAAGCUUCGAGCACUUAAAGUCAACUUCAUGGAGGGCGAUCCCAGACCAUUAGUCCCCGUUCUGGGGAUGUACCAUGACCCUCUUAGGAACCGGGGGGGUGCUGCGGCAGCUGUUGCUGGGCUGGAGUGUGCCACACUCUUGGACAGGCCUGUGCUGAGUCCAGAGUCCUCCAUCUACACCACAGCAAGUGCUAGGACACCCCCCCGGUCGCCAGAGAAACACACAGCAAUAGCGUUCAACUUUGAAGCAGGUAUCCACCAGUACAUUGAUGCGGACACAGAUGAUGAGGGACAAGUGCUCUACAGUGUGGACUCCAGCCCCCCCAAGAGCCUCCACGGGAACACGAGUCCCAAGUUCAGUGUCGGGACAAGAUCAGAGAAGAACCACUUUGAAAGCUCCCCCUUACCCACCUCCCCUAAGUUCUUAAGGCAGAACUGUAUUUACUCUACAGAAGCAUUGACUGGAAAAACUCCCAGUGGUCAGGAAAAGUGCAAGCUUGAGAACCACAUCUCCCCCGAUGUCCGCGUGUUGCCGGGGGGAGGAGCCCAUGGAAGCACACGGGAUCAGAGCAUCUGAACCACCUCCACACGGAGGAGAGACUUGUGGCAGGGUCCAAAGAGGAGUGCUGUUCAGCUUACCUGCCGUGGAGCUUUUCUGCAUGACCUCUGAGACAGAAAGGCUCGGCACAGCCCCCAGAAAGAAGAGAGACCAGAGAAAGCUCCCUUAAAACCUUGAGAGCCGUUAACGGGUCCAUCAGAGUGAAGUUGGCCAAGCCACAGAGUAUGGCGCCUCCUUGUAACAGCUCCACGGCCCUCUUUGGAAGAUGACAAGAGCAGAACUCACAGCCACCACUACCACGUUCUAGACAUAA